GAUGGCGCCUUUUGAGCUCGCGGGAGAGUGUGGUGUAAUUCGCUGGGUACAUCUGGUGUGGGCAGUUGCAUAUAAAUUAAUUUUAACUUAUUCUUAAUUAUAUAUUUUUCUAUAGUAGUUUUUAUAAAGUUUGGGAAUAUUUCUGUUGGAGUUUCUACGUUAAAGUUAUUUAAAGAUGCAUGUAAUUAAGAGAGAUCGACGCCAAGAACGGGUUAUGUUUGAUAAAAUCACGUCUCGGAUUCAGAAGCUUUGCUAUGGGCUCAAUGCCGAUUUUGUGGAUCCAACCCAGAUUACCAUGAAGGUAAUUCAAGGAUUGUACAGUGGGGUCACAACAGUGGAGCUGGACACUCUGGCAGCAGAAACUGCAGCUACACUCACCACAAAACAUCCAGAUUAUGCUAUUUUAGCCGCUAGGAUUGCAGUGUCCAAUCUUCACAAGGAAACAAAGAAGGUUUUUAGUGAUGUGAUGGAGGAUUUGUACAACUACAUUAACCCACUGAAUCAACGUCAUUCUCCCAUGGUUUCAAAGGAAACCCUUGAAAUUGUUUUGGCAAAUAAGGAUCGCUUGAACUCUGCUAUCAUUUACGACAGGGACUUUUCAUACAACUUCUUUGGGUUUAAGACGCUGGAACGGUCAUAUCUUUUGAAGAUUAACGGAAAGGUUGCUGAGCGUCCCCAGCACAUGUUAAUGAGGGUGUCAGUUGGUAUCCACAAAGAUGACAUAGAGGCAGCAAUUGAAACCUAUAAUCUUCUCUCUGAGAAGUGGUUUACACAUGCUUCUCCUACUCUCUUCAACGCUGGCACUAAUAGGCCUCAGCUUUCUAGUUGUUUCCUGUUAGCUAUGAGAGAUGACAGCAUUGAGGGCAUCUAUGAUACACUGAAGCAGUGUGCUUUAAUCUCUAAAUCUGCUGGGGGCAUUGGUGUUGCUGUAAGCUGCAUUCGAGCCACUGGAAGCUAUAUUGCUGGGACAAAUGGUAACUCCAAUGGCUUGGUUCCAAUGCUGAGAGUUUAUAACAACACUGCUCGCUAUGUGGAUCAGGGUGGGAACAAGAGACCUGGAGCAUUUGCCAUGUACCUUGAACCUUGGCACUUUGACAUCUUUGACUUUUUGGAGUUAAAGAAGAACACUGGUAAAGAAGAGCAACGUGCCCGUGAUCUCUUCUUUGCAUUGUGGAUCCCAGAUCUUUUUAUGAAGCGGGUGGAAAAUAAUGAGGACUGGUCUCUAAUGUGCCCCAGUGAUUGCCCAGGCUUGGAUGAAUGCUGGGGUGAAGAGUUUGAGAAGCUUUAUACAAAGUAUGAAACAGAAGGCAGAGCACGGAAGAUUGUGAAGGCUCAGCAGCUCUGGUACGCCAUCAUUGAAUCUCAGACAGAAACUGGCACACCGUAUAUGUUGUACAAAGAUGCCUGUAAUAGGAAAAGCAACCAACAGAAUCUUGGCACUAUAAAAUGCAGCAACCUGUGCACAGAAGUUGUGGAGUACACAAGCAAAGAUGAAGUUGCUGUUUGCAAUCUCGCCUCAAUUGCCCUCAACAUGUAUGUUACAAGUGAACGCACUUAUGAUUUCCAAAAGCUUGCCUCUGUCACAAAGGUCAUUGUGAGAAACCUGAACAAAAUUAUUGACAUCAAUUUUUAUCCAGUUCCUGAGGCCAGCUAUUCCAACAAACGUCAUCGGCCCAUUGGGAUUGGAGUUCAAGGACUGGCUGAUGCAUUCAUUUUAAUGCGCUUUCCCUUUGAGAGUGAAGAAGCACAGUUACUGAACACUCAGAUCUUUGAGACUAUAUAUUAUGCAGGACUAGAAGCAAGCUGUGAAUUGGCCCAAGAGAUUGGUCCUUACGACACCUAUGAAGGAUCCCCAGUUAGCAAGGGUAUUUUGCAGUAUGACAUGUGGCAGAAAACACCUACUGAUCUCUGGGAUUGGAAGUCAUUAAAGGAGAAGAUUGCAAAGUAUGGUGUAAGGAACAGUUUGCUUUUAGCCCCCAUGCCUACUGCUUCAACAGCUCAGAUCUUGGGUAAUAACGAGUCCAUUGAGCCCUACACCAGUAAUAUCUACACUCGACGAGUUCUCUCUGGGGAAUUCCAGAUUGUAAACCCUCAUUUGCUGAAGGACCUCACAGAAAGAGGCUUAUGGAAUGAAACAAUGAAAAAUCAAAUCAUUGCCAACAAUGGUUCUAUCCAGAACAUUGAUGAAAUCCCAGAUGAUCUAAAGCAACUUUAUAAAACUGUAUGGGAGAUCUCUCAGAAAACAGUUCUCAAGAUGGCAGCAGACAGAGGUGCAUUUAUUGACCAAAGUCAGUCUUUAAAUAUCCAUAUUGCAGAACCUAACUAUGGCAAGCUCACCAGUAUGCACUUCUACGGCUGGAAGCAGGGUUUAAAGACUGGGAUGUAUUAUCUUCGGACGAAGCCCGCUGCUAACCCAAUCCAGUUCACACUUAACAAAGAGAAGCUGAAAGAAAAUGAAUCCACCAAGAAAGAUGAGAUUGUGGAAAGAAACAAAGCUGCUAUGGUGUGUUCCCUUGAGAACAGGGAAGAAUGCAUGAUGUGUGGCUCUUAACUCUCAGCACAAAGUUUGAAAAGAGUGCUAAAAAUUCACUUUUUUUGCAGGACUGAUAUCACUGGAAGGGGGGGGGACUUGUGUCUUUAUAAGCUCAUGCACUUAACAGAUGUUUUUGUUCAAAAUGCAGAAUUUUUGGGAUGACUACAGUGUUACAUUUUUGGUACUGAAAUGUUUGUGAAUAAUUCUACCCACUGUGUUAACCUCCUUGCAGAAGUUGAGAAGGCCCAACUCGAGAAGCAGCCUCUAAAAGGAAAAGAACUAUUUUACUGUGUGUCCCAGUUUAAGAUCAGGCAAUCACUUAAUUCCAAAGCUUAGUCAAAGUGUGAACGUGCUGCCUUUUUGCAGUUGCAUACCAACAGAGUUUACAUUUUGAGAGUUUAAGUAUCCUUGCUCUUUACUUGCCAGUAAAUAAAGCCAUUUCGUCUCGAGUGUGCAUUGUCCCAGAGGUGCAGACACUUGUGGCGUGUCGUGUAGUCAGUCAGUCUUUUCAUGCCAUUGGUAAUAGACAGGCUAGGACUACGCAGUGCCACCACCAUGGAAUCCUGUCUGUCUGAUUACAAGAUCACUUUUAUGUGUACAUAAGUUUUCUAUAAAUAUGUAACUAAGCAGUCAUUAAAAUGUAUAUAAUCUGGCAAUUAUAUACGACUUUAAAGUGCAACUAGAAGGCUGUUUUUCAUAAACAGAGUAAAUAUUUCUGUAAACACUGCCUUAUGAAUUGGUUUGUUCUGUAUUAUAAAAAAGAAAUUUAAAAUC